CAAAUGAUAGAGUCAUUUAACAGAAAUAUCACUCCGUCAAUCUUUCCACCACCGUAACUAUCUUACAAUUUCAUGGCGAGUCUCUGUCUUUCAUCGUCCCGGAUCGUUUCUCUUCACCACCAGAAACCCUUUGUCUCUCUAAAACUCCGGCCUCGUCCUACAGAUAUCUCCGGUCUAGAUCGCUGCACGAGUGCUGUUUGCUUCAAUCCUCUUAGAUUAUCAGGAGAUCGUCAGCGAACCUCUACGGUGUCGGCGAGGGUUGAGAAGCGGCGAAAGAGUGUGGUUUGUUAUGCUGCUCCGAUUUCUGUCGAUAGUCUACAAUGGAUCUCGACCAUUUCUUGCCUUGCAUUGAUGCUUGCAAGGGGUACUGCUAUCCAUAAGUCCGUUGUUGUUCCACUAUUCGCUCUACACGCACCAUCCAGCAUCAUCACUUGGAUAAAGGGAGAGUAUGGCGUUUGGGCAGCAUUCUUGGCGCUUAUUGCUCGACUGUUCUUCACUUUUCCAGGUGAACUUGAGCUGCCCUUCAUUGCAUUACUCUUGGUGAUUGUGGCGCCAUAUCAAGUUAUGAACAUAAGAGGGAAGCAAGAAGGGGCAAUCAUAUCAAUAGCAAUAUCUUGUUUUCUGGCUUUCCAACAUUUCUCACGAGCAGGGAGCUUGGAGAAAGCAUAUGAGAAGGGUUCAGUUCUUGCCACUGUAGCCAUAAUUGGUGUCACAGUUGUAUCGCUCCUUUUGUUGUUAUAACUAUGUUCCUCCUGACAAAAGGAAACUACUACUCUCAUAUAUAUGUAAAAAUCAGAGUGUGAUGUAUUUAUUUGCUCGAUGCCAAUAAAAAUGAUCUUUCAUGUAAACGUGAAAACAAUACACAUCAAAAUUCUUGGUCGACA